AAUUAAUCCUAGUUUUAACGGCUAUGUCCUUUUGUGUUUGACAAUAUGAACUUUAAGUUUAUAUUUUUGUUCAUUUUUCUAACUACCAGCGUCCUUGCUCAAGACGACGACGUUGAACAACUUCAGAAUCUCGAAAGCGACACCGGAAAUGAAAAACCCGCCCCAGAACCCGAGGAUAACGAUAAAGAAACUCCAACUAACACCGACCCCAAUCCUAUAAAUGAUCCUCCGAAAGUCCCCGAGACUGAAGUGACCCAACAGGCUAGUGAUAACCCACCAGAUCCUCAACCACAACCUACUAACGAUGGUAGUAACAACGCGCAACCACCAACUAAUGAUGGGCAAAAUGAUGAUACCAAUACGGAAGUCGAAGCUGUUGAGGGUAAAGAUGUCUCAAAAAUUAAAGGGAAACAUGGUAGGAGCGGGAGAUUAUUGAACUACGAUUUUACAGAUGGAAAUUAUGACCCCAUGACGAGCAAUGUUGCUCCCACAGACGAUUACCUUAAAGGUAAUAUAGCCAACCCCUAUAGAAUAACUGAACAACGCCUGAAAGAAAUAAGAGCACUUAAAAUGUACCCUUAUUACAAUAGAGGUGGUAACGUUGAUGAUAAAGGAGACUAUCAAACUGCUAUUCAACAAUCCACACCACAGGUCUUCAAAAAUUUGAACUUCCAACUUCCUUUCUUCGGAUUCAGAUUCAAUUAUACCAGAGUGUCACUGAAUGGCUAUUUAGAAUUUAGUGAUCCACCACCGGUCUAUGAAAAUUAUCCUUUGACAUUUCCUAACAAAAAUUGGCCUAAAGAAAAUGAUCCUUCAUUUAUUGGUAUUUGGUUCUCCAAAUGUAAAAUUGGUAAAUUACAAGCCAGCGAUGUUGACCAGAGAGAUCCGGGUGUUUACUUUAGAAUGGAAAGAGAUCUUAGGGGAAGGACUGACAGGCUUGGUGUAGAAUUGUACGAAAGAGUUAAAUGGGACAUUCGCGAAAGUAUUGUGGGUUCAGAUACAUUCGACCCCAAACACAUGAUAAUUGUCACUUGGAAAAACAUCACCUUUAACGGUGCCUUUUCAAAUGCUAUUUAUCAGACAAACACUUUCCAAUUGAUACUGGCGACAGAUGAAGUCUUUACAUACGCAAUUUUCAACUACAACUUACUCACAUGGACAACCCCCACUGAUGCCGGAGGUUCUUCGGAUAGAGGCGAAGGAGGUACAGCAGCAUUAGUUGGAUUCAACGCGGGAAAUGGUACUAGAAGUUACGAAUACAGACCCUACAGUCAGAAUUCCGUAAUCAGAGAUCUAUCUUCAACCGGGUGGGCGAACGGUUUUCCUGGAAGACAUAUUUUCAGAAUAGACGAAGACAUUUUAUUGGGAAAUUGUAACAAAGAUAUAGACGCCGCUAAUUUACCAUUGGUAUUUGCACCGGAAAGUGGUAACAUGUUGGGAGGCACAAUCGUUAACAUUACCGGACCCUGCUUUACUCCAGAGGUACAAGUAAGAUGCGUUUUUGAUGUAGGAAACGUCGUUUACGGAGUUUUCAUCAAUAAGAACAGAGUGGUAUGUGUUCAACCUCGAAUACUGAUUGAGGGUUGGAUAGAUUUAGAAAUUGCUGUUGGUAACGACAACUUUAAGUACAAAGGGAAAUAUUAUGUCGAAAACCCUGCCACUGCAGCACAAAAAAUAUUUUUUAAAGAUAAGAGCAUCUAUGAUAAAGCGCCAAGGGAGAUUCCCAUAACUUGGAAUCCCCAAAAUUUAACGACAAACACUGCCGCCACCCUCCAUAUGUCAAUUUGGGGUUAUAGAGAAUCAAAAAGACGUCCUGAGUUUCUUUACAUUGGAGAACUUGCCAAUGGAGUGUCCAACCAAGGUUUUUAUAACAUCCAGCCAUCCGAUUAUAGGAACGUUAGACACCAAUAUAUGGACGAUAUCACAUUUGGAUUCAUCCAAAUCAAUGUAUCUGAGCCGUUCGUAGCUACCGUACAAAAGGAUAACACAAUAACUACUCAAACUAUAGAUAUAACCCAUGUUAUUUGGAGUCGGCCGGUUCCACUACAGUGGUAUUUUGCGGAACAAUGGAGAGACAAAUAUGGUGAAAAAUGGCCUGUAGCCCUUUGCGAUAACUGGCUAAUGAACGACAGAUACUUAAAAAAUUUCGCUCAUGAAUUACCAAUGUGUCCAUGUACUUUAGAACAAGCUUUAGCCGACAAGGGUAGAUUUUUACCAGAUUUAGAGUGUGAUAAAGACACAAAUCGAGACUGUCCUUACAACGAUAAAGCUGUACAUUGCGUCAAAACUGGUUCUCCUACUUUGGAAGGAGCAGAACAACAAUGCUGUUACGACAAGAAUGAGUACCUAAUGUUAACCUACGAUCAGCAAUGGGGAUCUACUCCACGUCGGUGUCACAAUCUUGGCCUCUUACCAUGGGAUGAAAACACUAAAGUACCAACGCUUUCACAAUGGUACCACGACAUUAUACCCAAAUAUAUGUGUUGCUUGUGGCAAGAAGAUCAGUCAGUUAGUUGUGAAACUCUGCGGUUCGAGAGAAGACCCACACAAGACUGUGUGGCUUAUCAAGCACCAGGAAUUGCUGGUAUUUACGGAGAUCCUCAUAUAUUAACAUUCGACGAUUAUGCAUACACGUUUAAUGGCAAAGGAGAGUACGUUUUGUUGAAAACAGUGGACAAACAAAACAAUUUGGAAAUUCAAGGAAGAUUUGAACAGAUGCCAAUCAACGCAUUCGGAGAAGUUAAGGCAACUCAAUUGACUGGGGUCGUUGCUAAAGGAAAUUCUUCUACUAUUAUCGAAAUAAGGAGAAGACCGCAUGAAGCCAGAUGGAGAUACAGAUUGGAUGUUAUUGCCAAUGGAAAAAAAAUUUACUUCGACAGACCUUCCUUGAAGUUCCAACAUUAUCCAGGAGUCACUGUUUACACCCCAAGCUACAUCUAUAACCAGUCUGAAGUUAUUGUUAUGUUUGACACUGGUGCUGGACUAGAAGUUGUUGAAAAUGAAGGUUUUCUAUCUGCCAGAGUGUAUCUUCCUUGGACAUUCAUCAACAAAACCAAAGGAUUAUUAGGAAACUGGAGUUUCAAUCAAUUAGAUGACUUUGUUUUACCAGAUGGUUCCGUUGCACCCAUGACAUUAACUGAUGAUUCAGUAAGUCAAGACAUGAAACCUUUCUUCGAGUUUGCUCAAAAGUGGAUGUUAGACGAUACAGAAAGACCAAACAUAGGACGUUCUAUGUUCUUUAGAGAAUUUGGUCGCACUGCUGCCACUUAUAACAACGUAACUUGGCAGCCUCAAUUCAGUUUGGACCCCUCAGUAAUUUUACCUCCAAAUCUUACCAUGUAUAGAACUGCUGCAAGCGAAGUGUGUGUAGAAUUAAACCGAGAAUGUUUAUAUGAUUACGCGAUGACACUGAACAAAGACCUGGCUCAUUAUACCAACAAUUACAAAGCUUCAAUUAAAAAAUUAAAGGAAAUCACAAGAAAACAGGUUAUAACUUGUGGCGUUCUCGAGACGCCUAGAUUCGGAAGGAAGAGUAACUACUUCUUCAUUCCGGGAUCUAAAGUUACAUUUGAGUGUAACACUGAUUUUGUAUUAAUUGGGGACUCCAGAAGAACUUGUAUGCCAAAUGGGCAAUGGGACAUACCAGAAUAUGGAUAUACUUACUGCUUACGUCAACAGGAAUAUUCGUCAAGAAAAGCUGCAAUCACAUGGGGCAUAAUAUUAGCUGUAAUCGUACCAAUAAUACUAUUAUUGCUGUUCAUUGGAUACCGUUGGUUCAAAAGUAACGCAGAGGAUGACGGUAACAAUACUAUUUUAAAAGGAAAUCCAUAUUCUCGAAGUACCACGAGUUUGAGUAGAUCAGCACCAGUUAAAGAAGUAAAUAAUUCUGACGAAGGCGAGACCGAUGAGUCAACUGAAGAUGAAGAUAUUAUGACAAGGCCGAGAUCUAAUUCAUCGAGUUCUAAAGGCAGCAAGAAAAGAAGGAGUUACGAUAAAACAUAUAGAACCCACGAACCUUUACCAAACCGUCCUAACAUAACAUUUCCGGAAAAACCUAUAGAUGGAAAUGAUGAGUACUUCCAGUUUUCUCCAAGUUCGAGUGUAAUAGGCUCAAACAAACCUGGGAACAGUACUUUAAUUCAAUUUUCGCCUAUUUCCAGUCCAGAACCUACUGAUAAAAAUGGAUUACGAGCGAAUAAACCUAGAACUGAACGGUACAGCAGUCAGAGCAGUACAGUCACAGAUGUGUGACAAAAUGACUUUAACUAGCUUGUGAAAUUAGAUUUAAAUUAUUAUUUGGAAUUAGACUGUUUUGUUAAUAAAGCAAAAAAUAUUAAA